AUGGAUUAUCUGGAGUUUUUGUAUUCUGGCAAAGGAAAUGUGUCACGAAUUUAUAAAGUUUGUAAAGCUUUUUACCGUGCUGAAAAGGAAACCAAGUCCCUCACAAUUUAUUUCAUGGACUUCAAAAGGACGUAUGAAGAACUUAGUAUGCUAUUGCCAUUUAGCACUGAUGUCAAAGUUCAGCAAAUUCAAAGGGAGCAAAUGGCGGUUAUGAGCUUCCUGGCUGGUCUUCCUCCUGAAUUCAAGAUGUCCAAAUCUCAAAUUCUCUCUAGCUCUGAAAUUCCCUUUCUUCAAGACGUAUUCAGUAGAGUUCUACGCAUUGAAAAUACAUCACCUAUUCAGCAAAUAAUGUUCUUGCUACCAAAGGAGGGGAAAAUUACUAUACAAGAAGGCCCAACAAUAGGGGAAGAGGAAACAAGACUACUGAUAACCGUAACAAUGAUUCAAGCAGCGUCGUGUGCUACUACUGUCAUGAACCAGGCCACACCAAGCCAUACUUAUCAAGAAUCACUGAAGGAAUCCACUCUAAUUACUGCCCUUGCUGAGUCGGGUAAAACAUGGCUUGGUGGUUUAGGACAAUUUGGGAUCAUAACUAGGGCAAGAAUUGCCCUAGAAAGAGCUCCACAAAGGGCUAGGUGGAUUCGAGUAUUGUAUUCGAAUUUUUCAAGUUUUACACAGGAUCAGGAGUACCUUAUCUCUUUGCAUGGACAACCAGACACCCAAAAAUUCGAUUAUGUCGAAGGUUUUGUAAUUGUUGAUGAAGGAAUCAUCAACAAUUGGAGAUCAUCGUUUUUCUCCUCAAGUAAUCCUUUGAAAGUUUCUUCUUUUAAUGCUGAUGGGGGUGUUUUAUACUGCUUGGAAAUUGCCAAGAAUUAUCAAGAAUCAAAUGCUGUUUCCAUAGAUCAGGAAGUAGAGGAUCUGCUGAAGAAAUUAAAUUUUAUACCCGGCUCGAUCUUCACAACUGAUCUUCCAUAUGUGGAUUUCUUGGACCGGGUUCACAAGGCAGAAUUGAAACUCCGGUCCAAGGGUUUGUGGGAUGUACCACAUCCAUGGCUUAACCUAUUUGUACCCAAGUCAAGAAUUUCUGACUUUGACCAAGGGGUCUUCAAGGGCAUUUUGGGAAAGAAGACUAGUGGUCCAAUUCUAAUCUACCCCAUGAACAAAAACAAGUGGAACAAUAAAAGUUCAGCGGUAACACCGGAUGAGGAUGUCUUCUACUUAGUAGCGUUCCUCAGGUCAGCAUUGGAUGAUGGCAUUGAAAUCCAGACUCUUGAAUACUUGAUGAAUCAAAACCAUCAAAUCCUGCGAUAUUGUGAUGAUGAAAAAAUAAACAUCAAGCAGUACCUUCCUCACUAUACAUCGGAGCAAGAAUGGAUACACCACUUUGGAAAUAAGUGGGCACAAUUUUCAAAAAGAAAAAUGGAAUUCGAUCCCAAGUAUAUUUUAGCAACUGGCCAAAGUAUAUUUAAACCCUCUUUUAAUCCUAAAAAAGCUUCAAGGAGAUAAAAAUGUGAUAAAUUUGAUUUGAUAUAGGGGUUGACAGAUUACUCCCAAUGUCGAGCUCGCAUAAAUAAAAUAUUUGACAGUUUUGCUACUUUAACCAACAGAGUGACCGAAUUGCCACUUAGAAAUUCUGUGUUGGUUGGUGGAAUUUUUUUUUUCACCAACCAAUUGUGAUUAGCCAUUUGGCCAUUCUGUGACCCAGGAAGUCAUCCUGAAUGUUACCAUGGCAAAACUCAAAUAUUUGAAGGAAGAAGUGGCCCCACUACCCAAAUUUGAGGAUCUGUUAAAACUUCUAGUGUUCCUCUCCUGACUCUGUGGCACUGCCCAUAAAAAUGGUAUAUACUUAGUCGAGUUUGGUAAUUUGAGAUAUAUGGAAUAUAUAUAUAAAUAUAUAUUGUAAUUUUUAUUGUAAAAUAUCUAUUAUAUAUAAUUGUAAAAUAUCUAUUAUAUAUAUAAUUGUAAUUGUAAAUAUUUAAGAAAAUGUACAUCAGUGUUUUAUGUGGAAAUUGUAAUUAUUUAUUGGGCCAAUUUUAAGAAUGUUUAAUUUUAAGGGUAUGAGUUGAAAAGUGUUAACUCAUUUGAAUUUAGUGUCAACUUGUCUAUUAUACCUUUAAUGAAAAGCUACAUUUUGAAAUGGUAUUCUCGACAUUUGAUUU